AUGUCGUUCCUGGACGUGUCGGAAGAGAUGAAGGAGGGCAGGGUGACCAUGCGCUCUUGCACGGGCGACCUGCCCGACUUCUACUACGCGCUGAAGCUGGGAGAGGAGAUCGCCCCCUACUUCGUGCUGCAGGGCGUUUCGGGGGACGAGCUCGACGCGGUGCUGCCCGAUGGCUCGCGGUCGCCUGGAAGCGGCGCCUACGCCGGGGAGAAGGUGGCUCUCAUGGGCUUCUCGUGGGCGUGCUGGAUGGCUCAGACGACGAUGGAGGACAUCUUCAACGCGGGGCCGCAGGCUGGGUUGCCGUCGCUGUCGGAGGGUCAGCGUCUCGCCGAGGGCGGUCCUCUGUCCCAGUUCAGCCGGGAGGCGCCCGCGGCUCACUACGAGUACAUCGACGACUUCGGCUUCAUCGGGCGGGACUACCCUGCGCGGCUGGAUCCCAGGAGGUUGCGACGGGAACUGGUGAUGGCUGCGGGCUUCAAGGUUCACAAGGAUGCGUGCUCCUCAGCAGCUCGCAUGAUCGGGGGCGACUUCGAGGGUGCCUGGUUGGCCUCGAACCAGGACAGGAUGUGGCUCGCAGUCCUCGGCAUCCAGGAGACCCUGACCCGCAAGUGGGAGUUGCCCGACGUGAUCGCGCGGAUCGUGGGCAUCAUGUCCUGGGGGUUCUUGAUCUGCCGAGGGGCGCUGAAUAUUUUUUCGGAGGUCCACUCGUGGUGCAUGGAGUUUCGCGGUGGGCCCAGGCGCGAGGCGCCGCGGGAGGUGCUGAGAGAGCUGGCAGCCACGGCGGCUGUCGUCCCUCUGAUCGCGGUCGACUUGGCGAUGCCCUGGGACCCCACCGUGAUGAUGUUCGAUGCCAGUCUGCACGGAGGGGCCAUCAUUGCCACCUCGAGUACGGUGGGGGAGCAGCGUCGAGAAGCUCGGUGCGCUGUGCGAGGAGGCUGGGCGGCGUGGACUGGCAUCUCCCCUUCGUGGGUUGCGGAUUCCUGGUGCGAGGGCGAGGCGUUCAGGCGCGUGGGCGACGACGUGGAGUUGGGCACGCGCGUUCGAAUUCCGCCUGUGCACGAGUGCUGGGACGACGUCGCCCGAUGGAGGGAGGCGGCGCGCUGGCGCUGGGAGGAGAAGGAGCGCAUCAACUUGCUGGAGAUGCGCGCCGGCGUGGCAGCGGCGAGGCAUUCAGCUCGCAGUCGGGCGAGCUGGUGGAAGAGGCACUUGUGGAUCACGGACUCGAUGGUUUGCCUCGGCGGCUUCAGCAAGGGCAGGUCCGCGAGUCGUCCGAUCCUUAUUCUCUGCCGCAGGGUGGCUGCCCUCGACCUCGGCCGCGGCAUGCGCGAGUACUGCCAGACCCCGAAUGAGCGGGAGACGGACGAGCAGGUGUUGCCAGAGGUGGCGCUGAAUAUCGAAGCGCUGGCCGACAUCGCUCAGUUGGGCCCGUUCCAGCCGCUCAGGAUCGAGGUCUCGGUCCCGGUUACGGCGCUGCGCUUCGUCCACCUCUGCAGCGGGCACACGCGGGCGGGGGGCCUGGAGGACUGGCUGCUCAGGAUCGCGGCGUUGCGGGGCUACCUGGCGAAGUUCGACCUAACAGACAAGGUCAACGUGAGGAGGCUGGAGCUGCUGGCGGAAAUGGAGACCGACGGCGGGCAUUCUGGCCCCUCUUGUUCUACCUGGUCGCAUGUGCGAUUCCAGCCUGGAGGUCACCCGCCGCUUCACCUACGGCAUCAGCUUCGGGGUCGACCGGGUCUGCGGGGAGACGACGCGAGGAAGGUGGAGCUUGGGAACGCGCAGUUGUUGAACAGCCUGAGGAUCCUGAAGCCCAUUGCCCUCGAGGGGGGCUCCAUAUCGGUCGAGCGCCCUGCCGACCCCAGCUGUCCGCCCUCCCCGUCGAUCUUUAUCACGAAGGAUCUGACGGACUGGGGGGCCGAGGUUGGAUGGGUGACCUUCCCGCAGUGCAUGUGGGGCUGUCCGGCGCUCAAGAUGUCGACGCUCGCGGGAACGGCCUGUGCGAUGCAGCGGUUCGAGCGCCCAUGCGAGCACUCGCGGCGCGGCGCGAGCCUCUGUGGGAAGGACGCCAGCGGCCGUUUUCGGACGAGAGCGUCGCAGGCCUACCCGUCGGAGUUCUGCCGCAUGCUGGCGGAGUGCCACGUGGAUGCGAAGCUGGCCAUGCAGGAGAGACGGGAGGCCGACCUGACCGAGUGGGAGUUCGGGGUCAGGUGCUGGGUGGACGAGUACUGCCUCUUCGUUGGGCGCGUGUCUCGGGGGCUGCAGGCCCCUUCGGCUUGCGUCCGCCGAUCGUGGCGGUGCGAGGCCGGCCGCGUCGGGAGGACCUGGGCGCUGUACUGCGUGCUCGGACUCGCCCUGCUCCCGUUCUCGGUCUCCACCAAGACAGCGCUAAGUUGCUACGUGCCCAACGUACGGCGUUUCUUGGACUUCGCCCUGGAGUGGAACCUGCCGAUGAUGAACCGGGAGGAGAUUGACGACUCGGAUCUAUGCUACCUGGACUGCCUGGUGGAGGACGAGGUGGGCCCGCAUCGGGGUGACUUUGUGGUGCAUGGGCUCGCCUACGUGUGGCCAGAGCUGUCGUCGGGACUGCCGAGGUCAAAUCGAGCCCUGCGUGCCUUGCACCGACUACACGUGGCAGGAGAAGGUGGGCCGCAACUGCUCGAGUUGUGGGCCGUGCUGGACGAGGCCAUGAGGUUGGCCGGGAACCAGGAGGCUGCCGAUGCCGCCGAAGUCGCCCUCGACGCCUACCUCAGGUCCGCGGAGCUGUUCGGCCUGCGAGCUGCUGACGUCGUGAUCGACGUCGACCCGGCGGGCGAGCAGGUCGUGGCCCCUCGGCUCGUAGUGCCCGAGCGCGGCGAGCGGACGAAGACGGGCAUGAGGCAGGGCGUGCUGAUCGACCGCGCGCACGUGGCCGACAUGCUCGUGCGGAGGAAGGCCGAGAGGGCGCCGGCGGACGGGGUCUUCGCCUGCUCGGUGGACGCCUACCGCCGUGCCCUGAGGUGGGCCUGCGACGACGUCGGCGUCGAGCGCUUCCCGCCGCACGUCGCCAGGCACUCGGGGCCGAGCCACGACGCGGCGACCGGCUACAGGACGGUGUGGGCCAUUCAGCGGCGCGGGCGAUGGGCGAGCGAGAAAAGCGUGCUCAGGUACAUGAAGACACACGCUCUGGUGGCUGCUCGUGCCGCGCUACCGUCCGACGUGAUCGAGCGGGGCGCCAGAUUGAUGAUGAAGAAGGGCGCCUACCCGCUGAAGGCCAGAGAGUGA